AUGUGCUACAGAUACCUCAGCUUCGUCACCAACCCUUCGGGCCAGACGAUCUGGGACUACUUCGCCCUGUUCCGUCGCCAGGCGUUCGUGGACUUGGCGCUUGUCUUAGUGGUGCUUCGCAGCGUUCUGCUCCAGGGCACGGAUAACUUAAUAGGGAUUCUGGGGGUCUGCGUGGUCCUGAUCUGGCUCUGUGACGCGGCGCUGGUGCUGCAUUUCAGCGGUCGUGUUCGCGAGACCUGUGGCCGGAAUCCUGCUUCCAUAAGCCAAGACGACAUGGACGGCCUCAUCCAACGGAAGCGAAUUCUCGUUGCCGUCUCCUUGUUGGGACUUAUCGUCUACGUGGCCCGAUUCUGCGUGGAGCUGUCGGUGAUCAGUGAGCUAGGGGAUCCGGAGGCAAUGUAUCUUCCCGGCGUCUUGGUGCUGGUGGUGGUGGUGAUAAAGGUAUGUCGGCUGCUGGCAUUGAACUCUUUCAGCAAUUGGAUCCGAGGCCGGCACGGCCCGCCCAGCCCGCGCUUGUCAGCAAGUGCUCCCAGCGCCUAA